UGGCGGAAUCCCGGGUCGGAGCACAGUUCGGUCGCUAGUCCCGAGUUGAGGUUUUCGGUGAGAGCGGAGCAACAGGAGCGCCCUGGACUGGGCCGAGAGCCGGAGCUGCUGGAUUACAACGGGUACAGGACCGCAGGAGGCAGAGACAACAGAGAGAAGCUUCUGGAAGGAUGCUCGGGCUGCUGUGACUGUCAGUGUCACUGAGGAUUGCCACAUUUUCCCACCAAAGGCCUCAGAUUGCCACUAAUUCUGCAGCGUGCUUUCAGAACUAAAGCUGCCAAAAUUCUGUGCUGUAAGGAAAUAACGGCCAUGUCAGUGGCAAGGGACGAUGGAACAGCCGAGAGCUUCUGGGAGCCAGGACAUUAUAGGCGAACGGUGAAGCGGUUUGAUGACGGUCACCGUCUCUGCAGUCAGCUGCUCAACUGUUUCCAGGAGCGGGCACGUAUUGAGAAGCAGUACGCACAGAAACUGACCAGCUGGUCGCAGAAAUGGAAAACCCUGGUGGAGAAAGGAGCACAGUACGGUACUCUGGAGAAAGCUUGGCAUGCCUUCAUGACGGCUGCAGACAGAUUGAGUGAGCUUCACCUCGAGGUGCGGAACCAUUUGUCGGCUGUGGACUCUGAGAGAGUGAAGCAAUGGCAGAAGGAGGCCUUUCACAGACAGCUGAUCGGAGGCUUCAGGGAGAGCAAGGAGGCCGACGAUGAGUUCCACAAGGCACAAAAACCCUGGCUGAAAAAGCUGAAGGAGGUGGAGCUGGCCAAACACAAUUACCACAGCGCGUGCAAGGAAGAGCGCACCGCACGGACCCGUGAAACCAAUGGCAGAGCCGACCAUUCAAUGUCCCCCGAUCAACUCCAUAAACUGAAGGACCGCGUGGAGAGAAGCUCACGGGAAGUGGAGAAGGGCCGAGAACGAUAUGAGAAAGCUCUGGAGGAGCUGAACAAAUACAACCCCAAAUAUAUGGAGGACAUGGAGCAGGUGUUUGAUAGCUGCCAGGACUUUGAGAGGAAGCGUCUCAAGUUCUUCAAGGACAUACUGUUGGACUUUCACAAACACCUUGACCUGCCUAACUACGACAGUUUCCAAACUAUCUAUCGCGAUUUGUACCAGACCGUUGCCUCUGCCAAUGACCAAGAAGAUUUACGAUGGUGGCAGAACACACAUGGACCCGGCAUGAGCAUGAACUGGCCACAGUUCGAGGAGUGGGCCCCAGAGGCAAACCGAGCCAUUAAUCGCAAGGAGAAGAGUAACCAAGGAACAGAGGAAGUGACUCUCACCAACAUCAUCCCAUCCACUGACAGUGUGUCCCUCUCUCCCCCAGGGGACAGUGGAGUUAAGGAUUAUUCGUCUGAUUGGUCAGAUGAUGACAGCCCCAGGAAGUAUGUGUUGACGCUGGGCUCUGAGGAUGAUGUGAAGGUAGCGAUGGUCAGAGUACGAGCACUGUAUGAUUAUGCGGGGCAGGAGGCUGAUGAGCUAAGCUUCUCGGCAGGUCAAGAGUUAAUGAAGAUCGGUGAAGAGGAUGAACAGGGCUGGUGUAAGGGUCAACUGGAUAGUGGCCAAUCAGGACUCUACCCGGCAAAUUACGCAGUCCUUGUGAGCUCCUGACAAAUGCUUCACAAAACUACCAGCACUGUACAACCCUCUACCAUCCCCACUCUUUCUAUCUGCUGCUGAUUUUUCUGCUUAUUGUUUUCCCCCUCCCACAGCCUAUUUCUCCUCUGAAUGAAGGAUUAGAAAGAUACAAAAGAGUGAGAACUUGACCUUAUUAAUCGUGGAGCUAAUUCUCUUUACUUGUAUCGCCCUCGGUUAUGUGUUUUUUUUUGGCUGACCAAUUGCCUGAGGUAGAGGUUAGAAGCUUCUAGAAUGAACUGAGCAGUAUUUAUCGUCAAUAGAUGCUUCAGGGAGGUGACUCUGACUUGUGACCUAUGUUAGCGACUCCUGGUUCAGUGAAGGAGCCUGAGCCUGAGGCUCUGGAUUUCUGAAGGAAUUCUGGACCAGAUUACUUCCUUGGACGAGGCCAUGUUUCACCUGUUUAUGGAGCAUCAAGUACAGUCAGAGCACAAUAGAUGUUUGGGACAGGUGCAACGACUAUUUUUGUCAAAUGGAAAGCAGAAGACUUUUCUAGCCAGAUGUAGGAAGCAGCUGCAUUCUAAUUAAUCUCAUAUGUAUGUGGCAGGAGACGGAGUGAAAUAAAUGGAUAUUACAGAUCG